AUGGAAGGACAACCCAUCAACAACCAACAAGCCACCACACAGCCUUUGAACGAAACCCCCGUCGUCGGCUCUCCUCCCCAAGACCGCCGGGCAAGUGAUGCAGGAUACGACCGAAGAAUGAGUGAUGAAUGGGACGCAUCAAAGGUCCCUCCCAGUCGUUUCCAGAAGCGCAAGGGAUCCAUCUAUGCUACGCCCGGUUCUCGUGACGGCCACGUUGACAGGAAUUACGUAGACAAGUACUGGAGCAAGAUGACCGAGAAGAAUUGGGGUAGUAAAUAA